AGUUCAGUUUGAAAAAGAACGGGAACUUGUUAGCAUUCGAGUCCGUAUCACGAUGUACAGUCUAAUUUAAACAUCCACCGGACAUCGGCGAGCGAAACCGAAAUCAAGGAGCCAUCUCCAUGAUGGCAUCAACAACGGCGUCAUCUCUAACUCCUCCAAAAGUUCCGAUGGAGCUCCACGUCAACAACCGUGAAAAGCUACUAAAAUCACUCCGUCAACACCUCACCGAGACCUUCCGUCCUCUACACGGCUUCGUUCUUCUUCAGGGAGGUGAAGAACAAACGCGGUAUUGUACUGAUCAUAUUGAGUUAUUCAGACAGGAGAGUUAUUUUGCUUAUCUAUUUGGAGUUAAGGAGCCUGGUUGUUAUGGAGCAAUUGAUGUUGCAACAGGGAAGUCUAUACUGUUUGUUCCUAGGUUACCCGCUGAUUAUGCUGUUUGGUUGGGAGAAAUAAAGCCAUCAUCAUACUUUCAGGACUAUUACAUGGUUAGCAUGGUUUUUUAUACGGAUGAAAUUGUAGAAUGUCUGCAUGAACUAAGCAAGGGAGUUGACAAACCCCUAUUGUUUCUCUUGCAUGGUCUUAAUACUGAUAGCAAUAACUUCUCAAAAGCAGCAGAAUUUGAGGGAAUAGAAAAAUUUGAGACAGAUUUGACUACAUUACAUCCUAUUUUGACUGAAUGCCGUGUUUUGAAGUCAGAACUGGAGCUUGCAGUCAUUCAGUUUGCUAAUGAUAUUAGCUCUGAAGCUCAUGUUGAGGUUAUGAGAAGAACUCGAGUGGGCAUGAAAGAGUAUCAGCUGGAAAGCAUAUUUCUUCACCACACAUAUAUGUAUGGUGGCUGUAGGCAUUGCUCAUACACAUGUAUCUGUGCCACUGGUGAGAAUAGUGCUGUUCUUCAUUAUGGACAUGCAGCAGCUCCAAAUGACGGGACUUUGCAAGAUGGCAAUAUGGCAUUGUUUGACAUGGGAGCUGAAUACAAGUUUUAUGGGUCCGACAUAACUUGUUCAUUCCCUGUGAAUGGGAAGUUUACAAGUGAUCAGACCCUCAUAUACAAUGUAAGUCUGACUCAAGCUGUUCUUGAUGCGCACAAUGCUGUCAUAUCAGCUAUGAGACCUGGAGUUAGCUGGUUAGAAAUGCACAAAUUAGCUGAGAGAAUAAUUCUUGAGUCGUUGAUGAAAGGUUGCAUUCUUGUCGGUAAUGCAGAUGAUAUGAUGAGUGAGCGGUUGGGUGCUGUGUUCAUGCCUCAUGGUCUGGGGCAUUUUUUGGGCAUCGACACUCAUGAUCCCGGUGGCUAUCUGAAGGGACCAAAAAAAUCAAAUGAACCAGGAUUGAGAUCUUUGCGUACUGCUCGAGAACUACAGGAGGGAAUGGUGAUAACGGUGGAGCCUGGCUGCUAUUUCAUAGAUGCUGUGUUGGAUCCAGCAAUAGAAAGUUCAAGUACUUCAAAGUUUUUUAAUCGUGAAGCAAUUGGCAGGUUUAAAGAUUUUGGUGGGGUUCGAAUUGAAAGCGAUCUGCAUGUCACUGCCAAUGGUUGCCAUAACAUGACCAAUUGUCCCCGAGAGGUUUGGGAGAUUGAAGCGGUGAUGGCUGGAGCGGCAUGGCCCCUUAACAAGGUUUGAGCAAACGACAGAGCGCAAGGUUGAAUUGUGGCGUUACAGCAUUCAAACAGGGUCAGCAAGGUGCAUUUAGCUCCUGCAAGGCUUUGAAUGCGAACUAUAUUUGCUAGGCAUGGUUGAAUGUUGAGAACAUUUUCCUCAAGCAUACUGAACUGCCUGGGUAUCUAAAAUCAUAUUUUAUAGGGUUUUUUAAGUUAUUAAAAUAAGAUUUCUCCUUGUUUAUACCAUGCGUAUGUGCAUAAUUUUAUGUAUGAACUAGGUUUUUCUUCUUUUUUCAGUAUUUAAAUUUUAGUUUCUGUUAGAAUAAUAUUUAAAAAAUAUAAUAAAUAAAUAUUUUUAUUUGUUUUUA